AAGAGAUGCUAGUGACCCAUACAAGGGUACCCAUGCAAAGUUAAGCUGCAAAUAUAGGUAGAUGAGUGUCUGCAGUCGACUGAAACUUAAAGAAAAACUAUAUUUACUAGUGUGUCAACAAAGUUUGGGGCUGUAAUUUCCGGGCGCUCUAUUUUGUGUAAACUUGCAGCAGCUUUAACGACCUCGCGAGCGAGAUUCCAGAACAGAGCAGAAGCUAGCUAAUGUUAGCUUGUUAGCCUACACCCACAAGCAAGAAGCAAAGCUGACAGUGUUUGGAUUCAUUGCAUGAAGCUGGGGAACCUUUUCGGGACUGGUUGAAGACUUGUCUCGGUGCUUAGUAGUUCCCCGGCAGUGCAGGACCACGCGACACAACGCUGAAGUUGCUGGUUGGCUAGCUAACUAUGGCAUUAUCCUACUAGUUGAAGAGCUAGCCAGCUAGCUAGCACCACCGCACAGCCUGCCUUCCGCCGACGUGCACUUCCCCCACUCUCCCUCCAGCCGGCUAGCCGCAGCGUUAGUCCGGUACAUAAAAUGAAGCGACCAUCAGCACUUUGGGAAGCUGUGUGGCUGUUUGGAUUUUGCUGAUGUAUGAGGAGACGAUAUUGUUUUUGUGAGAUCUCUGUCAAGGAGGUCAAAAUCAGUACAGGGGAUGGAGGAGCAGAAAUCAAACUGCGAAGAGAAUGACUCUGAACCAACAGCUGAUGACAAUGGGCCUUCAAAGCAGCCUGUUUCUUCGGAGGAGGAGUCCAAAGCUCUCCCCAGUGCUGAGCACAUGUCUGCUGUGACUGCAGCCUCUUCCAGCACACCUGUAGAGAACGUUCGAGCCUGUGUGCUUUGUAACUGUGUGGAGCGGAGCCUGCAUGGACAGCGGGAACUGAGACACUUUGGGCCAUCUUCUGAGCGGCCGACCCUCAUACCAUCAGCUUCCCCACUGCCACAACCUGGGAAUGAUGACCUGUCUUCCAUUGGAUUUUCUGACUCCCCCUGUCUGUCGGCACUCUUUGAUGACUCAGGGGGUUGUUGGGUUCAUCACUGGUGUGCGGUGUGGUCGGAGGGAGUAAAGCGGAUGGAGAAUGAGGAGCUGGAGAAUGUGGAUAAGGCCGUUAUCUCAGGGACACAGCGGCUUUGCGAAUACUGCAAAAGGCUGGGUGCAACCAUUCGAUGCCAUGCUGAGGGCUGCUCACGGUUCUACCACUUCCCCUGCUCAGCAGCCAGUGGAUCCUUCCAGUCCAUGAAGCAGUUGGUCCUCCUCUGUCCAGAACACAUAGAUAAGGCUGAAGAGUUGGCAGGUGAAGAGGCUUGGUGCGCAGUGUGUGACUCAGCAGGUGAGCUCACAGACUUGCUGUUCUGUACGGGCUGUGGUCAGCAUUAUCAUGCAGCUUGUCUUGAGAUUGGUGCCACGCCCAUCCAGCGGGCAGGAUGGCAGUGCCCAGAGUGUAAAGUGUGCCAGACUUGCAGACAACCAGGAGAAGACUCCAAAAUGUUGGUAUGCGAUGCCUGUGAUAAGGGCUACCACACCUUCUGUCUCCAGCCAGCCAUGGAUUCUCUUCCCUCUGACCCAUGGAAAUGCAGAAGGUGUCGUGUAUGCACGGAGUGUGGUGUCCGUGGACUGGUGCUGCCUGGUUCUGCGCAGUGGUUUGACAACUACACAGUGUGUGAGGGGUGUCAGCGUCAGCGCAGCUCUAUGUGUGGAGUGUGCAGCAAAGCCACCAAUCCAUCUGUUGCUCUGCAGUGCUGCAGCUUGUGCCACAGGUGGGUGCACAGAGAGUGUGCUUUACCAGGGGAGCUUCCAGAAGGCAAGUGCAUUUGCCUGCUUUGCAAGGAGGCUCAUCAUCAGCGUGUCAUUCAGCCACAUACAACAGAGAAACAAACCAGAGAGGCAUCUGAGGAGACUGAAGGACACAUGGAUUUGGUGGAAAUGACAAUCCAAACGGAUUCAAAUGUGGUGACAGAAAAGCAGAUAGGCUUAUCAGAGGUGACACCAGGACAGACAGGCACAUCAGAGAUGGGUCAGGCUGAAGUCACAACUGAUAAAGAGGCAACCAUGGACUUGGGGGUGGAGGCUGCAGUUGUUGAGACAACAGAUGUUGAGGAGACAACCAUGGAGGAGGAGCCGCUGGCUGCAGCACAAGAAUUAACUUCUGAAGUGCCCGCUGCUCCACUUGAGUCUUCAGAUUGUGCAACAACAGAACAGGAGGCCUCUUGUCUACCUGUUGAUGAAGAAAGAGCAGAAGAGGCAGUCAUCCAGGUGAUCCAAGCCACCCCUUCCCAGGAACCCACAGCAGAGAGACAGUCCAGCAGCCCUAAAGUAGAACCAACACUGGUGUCACAGCAGGGUCCUGAAAAUAUGGAGGUGGAGAAGCAGGAGGCCACUCCCUCAGUGGAACAAGAAGUAUCACCAGAGUUGACAAAGAGUGGCUCUGAUAGCUCUCUCACAGAAUCACUCAGUAAGGAGCCACCAAAUUUACCUGCCUCUCCUGCCUCGGUGGACAAAACAGAGCAUUUGCCCAUGGCUGACCAGGAGGAAAGAAGUCCAUGCCAGGACCACCCUUUUCCUUCUCCUCUUUCUGUAUCAGUAGAUACACAAGAGGGCCUCUCUGCUAUGGACAUGGAGGGGAGGUUACUACCUCACUCUGAGGAGGAGGAGGAAGAAGAGGAUGAUGAGCAAAUGAAAGGGGAAGGACAUCAUGACAUAAAACAGGAACUGCAGGAGCAUGAGAUUAAGCCGGAAUUGCUGCUAGAUGAGAUGUCUAAUAUGAGCCACGGAGAUGAGAGCAGCAGUGGCUUUCUGGGCUCUCCAGGAGAACCCGAUCCUCAGCUCUCCAUGGAGCUUGGCCUUGUCCCUGCUAGCCGCUCGCAUGCAGAUAACCUGCUCACUGAGACUGAUGAUUCACUUCCCUUUGAACCCCUCAGAAGUGACAGAGAGAAGGUGAAACGCAGGGGAUCCCCAGGCCGUUCAAGGGUCAAACAGGGGAGAAGCAAUAGUUUCCCUGGGAAGCGUAGACCCCGAGGGGGUGGUGGAGGGAGAGGGCGCGGUGGGAGGUCACGCCUCAAGGCCAUGGCCUCUUGCAUUGAUGCUUUCUUGCUAAGCAUGACCUCAGACACUGGAAUAAGUAAGGACGAAGAAGAAGAGGAAGACGACACCAUGCAGAACACAGUGGUUCUUUUCUCAAACACUGACAAAUUUGUCCUGCUCCAGGAUAUGUGCGUUGUGUGUGGCAGUUUUGGAAAGGGUGCGGAGGGGCAGUUGUUGGCUUGUGCUCAGUGUGCCCAGUGUUACCAUCCUUACUGUGUGAACAGCAAAAUCACCAAGACGAUGCUCCUUAAGGGCUGGCGCUGUUUGGAAUGUAUUGUGUGUGAGAUGUGUGGAAAGGCUUCGGACCCCUCCCGUCUGCUGCUGUGUGAUGACUGUGAUGUCAGCUAUCACACCUACUGCUUGGACCCGCCCUUGCACACUGUUCCCAAGGGAGGUUGGAAGUGCAAAUGGUGUGUGUGCUGUGUGCAGUGUGGUUCCAACACACCGGGUUUCCACUGUGAGUGGCAGAAUAACUACACCCACUGUGGCCCCUGUGCCAGCCUCGUUUCCUGUCCAGUAUGCAGAGAAAACUUCAUGGAGGAGGAGCUGCUUCUGCAGUGUCAGUACUGUGAUCGAUGGGUCCAUGCUGUCUGUGAGAGUCUGUACACAGAGGAUGAAGUGGAACAAGCUUCUGAUGAGGGCUUUGCAUGCACAUCCUGCACCCCAUAUGUUCCAAAACCUGUGGUAGUAGAGUCAGCCAUUAUGGCCUCAAUAAAGAUCAAAGAGCCAGAACCCCAGUUCUACCGGUUGGAGGGUGUGUGGCUGACAGAGUCGGGUAUGUCCCUGCUCCGCAGCAUCUCCAUGUCUCCCCUGCACAAGAGACGGCAGCGUCGUUCUCGUCUUGGCACUCUGUGUCUUGACGGAGGUCCUGAUGGGAUGGAUUUGAGGGAGGUUGAAGGAGAAGGUUGUGGGGAGCCCAUGGAAUGUGAAUCCAAGAUGGAGAACCCUGGGAGCCCUGACAGAGAAGGUGGUGCUGAGAAGGAUGCAGGCGCAGAAGGCAUGGCUGACUGCGAGGGCCUCAAAGGAGGAGCAGAGGAGACAGAUGAAAGUAAAAAAAGAAAGCGGAAACCUUACAGGCCUGGAAUUGGAGGCUUCAUGGUGCGACAAAGGAAAUGUCACACACGGAUGAAGAAAGAAUUUUUUGCCCAGCUGGCUGGAGAGACUACGUUAGAUGGACAGCCAAUAGAGAGAACCAUUGAGGAUGGUCCCCACCCUGACACAGAUAACAUAAUGGAUCCUAAACCAGUGGAGGGCGAGGAACAGGCCAAGAAACGCCGAGGCCGAAAGAAGAGCAAACUCGAAGAUAUGUUUCCAGCUUAUCUCCAGGAGGCUUUCUUUGGGAAGACAUUAAUAGACCUGAGUAAGAAAGCUGUGAUGACACCCCCAGUGCAGAAGCCAGGCGCAUGCCUUGUCCGACCUUCAUUACCAGCACCGUCAGGGGUCAGAACUGUUGCCCCAGAGACUGAGGCCAAGGAUCAUGUGGUGGAAGAUAAUUUUCCUCUCAAGCAAGAGGGGGGUGAGGCCCUCCAGGCUCAGGGAGAAGGUGCAGGAGUUUCUGCACCAUCCUCAUUGCUGAAGGACCAAGCAUCAACUGAUCCUCAUGACUCUGAUGCAGAAAAAACUGAAGGUCUUCCGCAAGGAGUGGAGAGUCAGGACUCUGAGCAGUUCUUCAGGAAGGUUCUGGGAGUGUCAGACGGUUCGUCUUUGGGGGGCAUGAAGCCCAUCUUGGAGGGCAGUAAGGGAGAACUCAAUCGUAGUGCUCUACCACAGAGAGCUCUCCUCUCAGGGUCCCUGCCCUCAGCUGGAAUGAUGGAUGCCUUUCCUGGCCUCUCUCAGUCACCGUUCUUUGACAUGCGGGACCGAGGAGGGCUGUUCAGUCCAGAUGGGGGUGAGGAGAGUCCUUGGGCCACUCCUUCUACCCCAGCAACACCCUCCUCCCCACCGACCCCCACAGAGGCAGAGGGUGAUGGGCUGUCCUACAACCAGCGCAGUCUCCAGCGCUGGGAGAAAGAUGAGGAGCUGGGAGAGCUCUCAACCAUUUCCCCUGUGCUGUAUGCCAAUACCAACUUUCCCACUCUCAAACAGGACUACCCAGACUGGGCUAGUCGCUGUAAGCAAAUCAUGAAGAUCUGGAGGAAGGUGUCAGCUGCGGACAAGGCUCCAUAUCUGCAAAAGGCCAAAGAUAACCGAGCAGCUCAGAGGAUCAACAAGGCACAGAAGCAGGCAGAGAGUCAAGUGUGCAGGCCAGUCAAGACGGAGCCAGGGCGUUUGAAGGGAGAACGACCCAGUUUACACCUCCAGAUUCCUCCACCUUCAGGCUCUACAUCAAUCUCUUCCCAGCCCAGCUCUGCAGAAAGCCCAUUUCCCUUCCCUCCAGAUUCAGGAUCAUCCUCUGUGUUUUUCUCAGAUGGACCUGUUAAGACCCCAGGGUCAGCUGAAGUCCGGACAGAUCCCUUGGCCAAGCUUCCCUCUCAGUCACCCCAUUCUCACUCUCACCAAACCACACCCUUCUCACAUGCUGGGGCCAGCCCCUUACAGGCCUCUUCCUCAGGUUAUUCCGCUUCCGGCCCACAGGGUCCUCCUCAGGGACGGCCAGCCAGUCUUGGCCCCUUUGACAUGCAACCAGGAACUCCUGGAACCCCCAGACGGGCUCAGCAGGUUGACCCCUACUUCAGAUCACAGCUGCAGCAACAACAGGGUCAUCUACCACAAUCACAGCAAGGCUCUCAGGAGUCCCUAGGACCUCCAGAAAGUCCUCAUUCAAGAGGUGCAGGGCUUGGAGAGUCACCCAUCUUCUCGCCACCCCACAAUACUCACUAUGGAGACCCUUUCAGAACCCAGCAAGGGAUGGGACGGCCAGAAUAUGGUUCAUCCCCGUCACCCUCUGCAGUGGCUUCCUCACCUGCAAGCACAGGGCAGUACAGGGCUGAUAUAAGUGCACCUUCUCCACGUCCUUCUGCAGUUGGGAGACCUGACCUAUCUACUGGUUCCCCUGCUGGGAUGCUGGAGUCUGGGGAUGGUUUAUUCAAGGCACCUAUGACACCACGAAUGCACCAAGGGGAGGGUGGUGCAAUUCAUCCUGGAGUUUCCCCUAGCCACCACUCUGAAGGCUACAGGCAGUCUCCCUCUCACCCUUUCUCUGACCCCCACGCUCAGACACCUCUAACUCCCAGACCGCAGUCAGGCGACGGUUGUUCUCUUGGAGUCCAGAGACACCCUGUAGCUCAACAGGAACUAUGCUCUAGAGUGCCCUCCAGCCCACAGUCCCAGGGCAGCUCUCAGUCUCCUCACACUCCUGGUGGCCUCUCCAAUGAUGCUUACAAUGUCCAGUCUCCUGCUACACCACGUUUCCAAUCCCCAGACCCUUGUUCUCAGCCACCUUCAAGGCCACAAUCUAGAGACCAUUUUGCUACUAUUCACAAACCCCCUCGUCCACCCUCUGUUGCCCCAGAGGGAUCCACAAGUUACAAAGGUUCACCUCAUCCCAACCAGGCACCUCCAAACCAUCCCACCAACAGUUCUGUAGGGGAUCCUCUCUCUGGUAAACCGUCAGCAGGUCCUAAUUUCAGCCGUAGCCCCAGCACAGGAGGCCUCCAAAUAACCCAACAUCAGAGUCAGAUGGUCCAGGGUCAGCUCCAGCAACCACAGCCACAAACUCAGCAGACUAUGGGGGCAGACAGCUUCAGCUCCCGGGUGCCACCUCCUUCUGGGUCUCAAGAACUACCAGCUGUUCGCCCUCCAGACACACCUCAUCAGCCACCUUUGCCUGGCACUCAAGAAAUGCCCGACAUGUCAGCGGUGCAGGACCCUGCAUUAGUAGGCCUUAGCCCCUCUGAGCUGGAGAAGCACAGACAGCGUCAGAAAUUGAGGGAAUUUUUAAUCAGACAACAAAUGCAGAGAAAUUCCAUUAGACAAGAGAAGGAGGCUGCAGCUGCUGCUGGCAGUGUGUCCCCUGGCUGGUCUGGAGGAGAGAUGGGGGUCUUUCAGCAAGACAACAAGGCCCACAGAGCACCACCACCUUAUCCACAGGAUCGUGCUGCUACUGCUGUUGGGGCUCAGGCUUCUGUGGCAGGGAAGAUGCCCAUGGCUGUUGGAGGUAUGGAGGACAAGCUCAUUCGCCCACCACCUACAGGAACCCCUGCCAUUAUGGAUCCUAGUGCACUAAGGCCACCAGGGCCGACCAGACCUCAGGGCAUGUUUGCCCGUCCACCAUUCCCUCCGCAGUGGCAAGGUCAGGCCCCAGGUCCUAGGAGGUUCCCCCAGCCUGGCAUGGAGGCCGUUGGUAUAAGGCACAACCUUAACCCUGCUGUCAACAUCCAGGGCAUGGAUACUAUAGGUAACCCUCACACCAUGAUGCCAGGACAUGGAGGAGAGACAAUGCAGCCCAUGGGUCAAGGACCCCCACCACAGUUCAUUGAAUUGAGGCACAACUCACAGAGACUACCCUUGCGGCCUCAGUUUAUGCCCCGUGGACCUCAGCCCAGACCACGUCUCUUUCCACAGCAAGAGAUGGCAGCACCUUAUGUUCAGCAACAUCCCAUAACUCAAGCUGGUGGCAUUCAAACAGAGGGGGGCAAUGAGUCACAGCUGGGGUUACAGCAGGGUGGCCUGUCAGUUUUACUGCCUCAGCAGUCUACAGGCCCAGUAACACAACAGCCCCACCUACAGCCCCAGGCUGCUUCCAAUCCCAAUACUCCUAGCACUGAGCAGCAUCAGCUUCCACAGUCAGGCCUAGUCACAGAGCCCCAAACUGCCACAGUAGGAAACAGUGAGGAAUUGCCAGAGCCUGAUCUUGAGGGGCUUGGGGAGGCCCCAGGGGAUGGAGGUGUGGAAGAUGAGGAUGAUUUGGCUCUGGACUUGGACCCUGACAAAGGAGACGAUGACUUAGGCAACCUGGACAACCUUGAAACCAAUGAUCCACAUCUAGACGAUUUGCUUAACAGUGAUGAGUUUGACCUGCUGGCUUACACUGACCCUGAGCUGGACCAAGGAGACCCUAAAGAUGUCUUCUCAGACCAGCUGCGGUUGGUGGAAGCAGAAAGUGAAGCACCUUCAUCCUCCUCCGGAUCUGUGCUUGCUAAAGUGGAAGAGAAAGCCAAAGUGGAGCCAGGGCAGAAGAGUCUCACAAAAGCCCCUGCAGGCCAGUCUACUACCCAACUUCCACCCUCUGCAAAAAUUGCAGAUGUCUCUAAAGUGAAAGUAGAAGACAGAGGUCUGACCCCUCAGCUGCAGCCAGGACAGACCGUGGUGAAAGAUGAAAUGGGAGAGGCUGUGUCAAUGCUUCUUAGUGGGGCCGCAUCAUCAGCCAAGCCUGCGCAAACAGAAAACCAGCCAGCUUCACUCAGUUCUGUUCGACUAGGGGGUCUUCCGUACCCCCUACCAGGCCAAGCCGACCCAUUGCCUUUUCCUCAAUCUGCUCCACAUGCAGAUAUUGGUGAUGAUCCACUGGGGCUGCCUGAUGUAGGGGGACAGCACUCCCCUGCUGUAGAUUUGGCAAAGGUAGAGAGCUCUUUAGAUGGUGAACUGCCUCUUCUAAUACAGGAUCUCCUGGAGCAUGAGAAGAAGGAGCUACAGAAGCAACAACAGCAGCAACAGCUCAGUUCCCUCCAUCAGGGAGGCAUGGCACCUCAUUUUCCUGGUCUCCAAAAUCAACCGCCAAACCCACAGGCACCUGGGCAGAUAAUGCUGCCACACCACCAUCGUCCACCACCCCAAGGAAUGAUGGCUCAGCCGGGGAUGGUACCCCGUGCCCCACACAUGUUGCAGCAGCAACAGCAAAGGCUUAUGGGAGCUGGAAUGGCACCUCCACCACACAUGGCCAUGGCUCAGCAGCAAGCCAUGAUGAGGAUGGGGCAGCCAGGGAUCCAUGCAGGUCUCAGCCAUCAACAACAGCCACAGCCAGUGGUUAAACAGUCACCUCUGGCCAACAAUUUCUUCCCAGAUAAAGAUUUAGAGAAAUUUGCAACUGAUGACAUCAUGGACCCCAUUGCCAAGGCAAAGAUGGUGGCACUGAAAGGUAUCAAGAGAGUGUUGGCACAAGAUCCGAUGGUUGGUUCCCCUGGCAUCAACAGGCAACAGGUUUCUCUGCUUGCUCAGAGGCUGGCCUCUACCCCAGGCACAGAUCCAGGUCAACUUCCAUCUGGGCCUCCAAAGGAGGGAGAAACAAGUGAUCCCACCCAGUCAAGACCUAACCCUCCGCAGUUUGUGCAAGGAAUCAUCAAUGAUGCAGAACAGCACCAAUAUGAAGAAUGGCUCCUUCACACCCAGCAGUUACUCCAAAUGCAGCUGAAACUUCUGGAGGAACAAAUUGGAGUUCACCGUAAAUCACGCAAGGCAUUGUGUGCUAAGCAGCGCACUGCUAAGAAAGCUGGCAGGGAGUUUGCUGAGGCAGAUGCAGAGAAGCUCAAGUUGGUUACGGAAGAGCAGAGCAAAAUUCAGAAACAGCUUGACCAGGUACGCAAGCAGCAGAAGGAGCACACCAAUCUUAUUGCAGAGUACAGAAGCAAGCAACAACAGCAUCAGCAAGGGUCGGGUCUUCUUACCCCAGGUCAUUCUACACAGGGGGGACCCCCUCACAUGUUUCCCAAGAUGCCAGGCCAGAUGAUGAUGGGCCAACAGGGCACGCCAGUAAUGGGCCAGCACCCUGGUAUGAUGCCGCAAGGUGGAAUGCCUGUCAGAAUGCCCCAAGGACAACCCUUUAUUGGAGGAGCCCAACCUCAGCUUCCUGCAGCACUUGGACCUGGUGGUGUCAGAGCCCCAGGUCCUCCUGGGGCUCCAGCAGGAUUCUUUCCACAGGGGCCUGGAAUGCAAGGUGCAGAUCCCAGGCUUCUCCAUGAAAGACAGCUUCAACAUAGGAUGCAGAUGGCAAAGCUACAGCAACAGCAGCAGCAGCAGCAGGUGACAAUGGGCCAGCAGUUGUUGCCACAUCCAAAUCAACAGUCUGGUUUAAUCACUCAGCCACAGCCUACUAUGAUGGGGAACCCACUUAUGGCCCAACAACAAGCAAGCACUCAACAGGGAAUGCUAGCCAACCAGGCCAGUCAGCAGAAUAUGGUGCAGGUUCCACAAGGAAUGGUUGGAGGCCAAUCUGUGGCUCCUCCACCACAGAACCUUGCAGGAGGCCAGUCCAUUAAUCAUGCCCAAGGAAUGAUGGCAGCUCAGCCAGGAAUGAUGGGGAACCAACCAAUUGCACCAUCACAGCAGCAGAGGUCUCAGCUGAUAAUGGGUCAGCAGGGAAUGGUUGGAUCUCCAGGUCACCCUGGCCUCAGGGGUCCCCAGGUCCAACUGACUCCACAACAGCAGAGCAUUCUGGCCCAACGCAUGAUUGCAUCUCAGCAGCAGCAGAAUCUUGCAAAGAAUUUGGCCCACCUCCAGCAGCAGCAGAUGGCACAGCAAAGGCAACCAACACAGAUGAUCAAUCAGUCUAGCCAAGAACAAGGAGGUCUCUCCCAACCCUCUACCCCACAGAUGGGCUCUUCGCCUUCAGCAGGAAGCAUCACACCCCAGCCACAGGGAUCCAUAGACAGCCAAAACUCAGGACCCAAAGAGGGUGGGAUCCUGAGCCCUGAUCCAAGAACACCACCACAGCAGAGUGGACCUUCCACUCCCAGUCAGAUGACUCAACUAGGCUCUGCAAAUGAUCAUCAAACUGACUUUGGGCGACAGCAGUUGCAACAACAGCAGCAGCAAAACCAGGUUUAUAUGGCCCAGCAGCAACAAUCAAAUUCUCAGUCUGUAUCUGAGCAACAAACCGGUUUGGUUGGAAACCAACAAACUGGUGCGCUCCAGCAACAGCAGCAACAACUUGCACUCACUAUCCAGAGGCAAGGUUCUUUGAAUGCUGACAAGCCAAAUUUGAUUCCUGUUAAAGAAGAAGGGAAAACAAUUGAUUACUUAGCUCAGCAGCAACAACAACAAACAGUUCAAAAUGCCAUGCAGCAGCCACAAGAUCCCAGCAUCCAGCAGCAGAUCAUAGGCCAGAACCAUCCUGGCCAGCCACAGCCUGGUGUGAUGGGCCAUAAUCCACAGCAACAAGUCCUCAUAGCCCAGCAGCAAAAACAACAGGCCAUAAUGGGCAUGAUGAGAGCCCAGCAGCAAGGAAUGAUGGCACAGAGGCCUGGGGUUCCCCCUGGACAGAUACGCACCCCUAUCAACAUCCAGGCUAGUAUUGCUCAGAAUCCACAGCUCCGCAAUCUUCCCCCAAACCAGCAGAUACAGCACAUUCAGGCCAUGAUUGCCCAGAGGCAGCUCCAACAGGGACAGAUGCUGCGGAUGUCAAUGGGUCAAGGACAGCAAAGUCAGUUGAGGCCUCACAUUCCGCCUGGACAGAUGCCACAGGUUGGGCAGCAGAUGCCAGGGAUGGAAGGCCAGCAGAUGCCAUAUGGAGCGAUGGGGAAGCCAGGAGCAGUGGGCCCUCAACAACAGUUGGGCCAACAACCUGGUGUUGCUUCUCAGAUACAGCAUGGAAUGAUGGUCCCUGGGCAACAGCAGCCACAAGUAGGGGAAAUGAUGCAGCAACAUAUGAUGAGAGGCCAGGCACCAGUGCCACGCUCCCCCCUGAACCAGGGCUGUAUGAUAAGACCAACAUCUCCACGUCAGCCGUUAGCUAACUCUCCUGGGGAUGCACAACGGCAUGCAUUUAAUCAAGCUAUGGGUAUGCGUCCACCCACUCCUAAUCAGAACCAGCAACAAGCACUAAUGGCAGCUGCAGCAGGGCGCAUGCAGGGCUCUCCAUCCCAUGCAUAUUCUCCAAGAGGUCCCUUUGGAAUGAGCCCAGCCCACCCCGCCUCACCGCACUCAUCCCAUGUCUCUUCACCUUCUGUUGGUGAUUGUAGGGCUGGCAGGGGGAGUCCAUACAACCAAAUCAAGGCGUCCCCACUCAGGUCACCUGGAGCCAAGAGUCCACUUGAUUGUCCAGGACUGAAAGUAGAAGCUCAGACAUCAAGCAAUGAAACAUUUCAGACAGCCUCAAUUAUUCCCAACGGGCCACAAAAAAGCAUGAAUACUCAGCAGCAGUCACAGCAGGUUACAGAGAGCCAUCGUCUUCAUACACAACACAGCUCUAAAGAAGAGGGGGUGUGUAAGAUGACCCUAGACAACAUUAAACAGGAGCCAAAGGAGGUUCAGUGUGAUGGUGCAGCAGAGGUGCAUCCCGGGGUUAUAAAGCGAGAAGCAACAGGUGAGGCGGUUACUUCUGGGAACAACACUAGCUUUGUUAAUGCUGGAAACAUGGCUGGAGACCCUGGAACUCAAGGUCCUAGAUCUGAGACUGGGCAGCAGCUACUACAGAAACUCCUGAGAACAAAGAACCUUCAGCUUGGUGCUCAGAGGCCUUCUGAAGGUAUCCACAAUGAGAUCAAUGGCCACAUCAACAGCAAACUGGCAAUGCUGGAGCAAAAACUUCAAGGGACUCCUCGAAAUAUGGAGGACUUACAGUCUAUAACAAAAAGGGCUCCUGUACAAAAGCCAAAGCGCACUAACAAAGCAAGUGGAGACAGAGGACCUAACGCACGGAAGAAGAAUAAGAAGGAAGAAGUUGGAAAAAGUGCUGAAGCCCUAAUAAAGCAACUCAAACAGGGUCUCUCUCUGCUGCCCCUUAUGGAGCCUUCAAUCACCGCCAGUCUGGAUCUGUUUGCCCCUUUUGGAAGCAGCCCAGCCAACGGCAAAGCCCAGCUCAAAGGAUCCUUUGGAAAUGCAGUGCUGGACAAUAUCCCAGACUACUAUUCUCAGUUACUCACUAAGAGUAACCUCAGCAACCCACCAACACCCCCAUCCUCCCUGCCACCUACUCCUCCGCCCUCAGUGCAGCACAAGCUGCUAAAUGGAGUGACUUCUGGGGAGGAGCUGUCUGAGGGUCAGAAAGACACAGAGCCAGCAGAAGAGCCAAUGGAUUCUGUUACAGAGGAGGUAAAGAGUGUAGAUAUUCUAGCAGCUCUCCCCACCCCACCACAUAACCAGAAUGAGGACAUCAGGAUGGAGAGUGAUGACGAAGAUGCCUCAGAAAGUAUCAUCCCGGCAUCAUCCCCUGAGAGUAAUGUAGGAGAUGAAAUGCCACGUUUUCCUCACCUACGGGAGCCUAAAGAGGAGGAGAUGGAGAGAGCAAUAUCCCCCAUCAUCCCCCUCAUACCUCGCACUGCCAUACCAGCAUUCCCAGAAAACAAACCAUUUGAAGCGACUGAUAGCAAGGCAGUUUCCACAUCCAACCACUGGGAUAAGGCCAAAAGCAACGAGGUGUCUGUUACCUUCACAUUGUCCUCUGCUGCAGCCAAGAAACUGAACCACGUGAUGAUGGCCAUGGCCCAGUUGCUGAACAUUAGAAUGCCAGGUUCUUAUGAGGUGACUUUCCCUCCCCAAAAUCCUGACAUGCCUGGAGUGGAUGGGCUUGGGAAAGGACCCAGCCAGUCAGGUGCUCUGUGUACAAAGGACGGUGCUUCACCUAGUCAGGAUGAGUGGCUAAGGCAGUUUGAUGUGUCUCUACCAGGCUGCACAUUGAAGAAACAAGUGGACAUUCUGGCACUUAUUAAACAGGAAUUCCCCGAAAAGGAAGACAAACCAGUCCAGCACUGUUACACAACCAACGUAAAUGACUUGGACGUGCGCCACCUUCCUAUUGUACCAGUGGAAGAAUCUCCACCCCCAUCACCAUCUCCCCCACAGCCUCCUCCAUCAGUCCCAGUUCCAAUUAGUGAAGCUGAGCCUUCCAAAAAAUCCGCUUCUCCAUCCCCCUCUCCCUCCAGUCCCACCAGUGUUCAGGUGAAGUCUGAGCCUGAACAGGAUGUUGGUCCUCCUAUUGAUGCUGCUCAACCAACUGAUGUCACAGAGUUUGAAGCUGCUGCUCCAAACUCAGUCACUGAUCCAGCCACUGCGACUGCAGUUUCUGACUCCACUGCUCCUACUGAAGAUCAGCAGGUUGUGAGUCCUGCUGCCAAGGAAGAGGAGGACUCGGCUACUGAUCCAGCUCAACCUCCUAAAGAUUCUCCCAACACCAUGGCCAUGGAGUCUUCCCCUAAGGCUACCAAGCAGCGCAGGCCUCUCUCCCCUGAUGAGGAGAUGAUACACCCCAAAGUGAAGAAAUGGAAGGGGAUUCGCUGGAAGCGUCUUCAGAUUGUCAUCUCAAUACGCAAGGGUGGGUCUAAGAGAGAGAGCAGCCGUGAGGUGUCUGAGCUGAUGGAGCGCUUGCGCAUCACUCUUCGACCAGACAGGCUGCCUCGGGAUAAACGCAAGUGCUGUUUCUGCCACGAGGAAGGUGAUGGAGCCACAGACGGGCCUGCCCGCUUGCUUAACAUUGAUGUGGACCUGUGGGUGCACCUUAAUUGUGCCCUGUGGUCCACAGAGGUGUAUGAGACACAGGGGGGUGCCCUUAUCAAUGUGGAGGUAGCCCUGCGUCGCGGAUUGCGGACUCUAUGUGCAUACUGCCAGAAAACAGGUGCCACCAACAGCUGCAACAGACUGCGCUGCCCGAAUGUCUACCACUUCGCCUGUGCCAUCCGGGCACGCUGCAUGUUCUUCAAGGACAAAACCAUGUUGUGCACUCAGCAUAAGCUGAAGGGCCCCAGUGAAGAUGAACUAAGCAUGUUUGCUGUUUUACGCCGUGUCUACAUUGAGCGUGAUGAAGUGAAGCAGAUUGCCAGCAUCUUACAGCGGGGUGACCGUAUUCACCUGUUCCGUGUGGGUGGACUCAUCUUUCACGCUGUCGGUCAGUUGCUACCCUCCCAAAUGCCCAUCUUCCACUCACGCACUGCUAUCUUCCCCGUUGGCUAUGAGGCCACACGCAUCUACUGGAGCACCCGUGUGCCCAACAAGCGUUGUCGUUACCGCUGCCGCAUCAGCGAGGAUGAGGGUCGCCCCCUGUUCGAGGUGCGUGUUCUGGAGCACGGCAUGGAAGAUUUGCAGUACCGUGAGACUACUCCAGAGGGAAUCUGGGACCGGGUAGUUCAGCAGGUGGCCAAACUCAGAGAAGAAUCAUCCAUGUUGAAGCUGUUCACCGAGCAUGUGAAAGGAGAGGAAAUGUAUGGCCUCACAGUUCACGCUGUCAUGCGAAUCACUGAGUCGUUGCCUGGAGUGGAGAACUGCCAGAACUAUCAGUUCCGAUAUGGCCGUCACCCUCUGAUGGAGCUCCCUCUCAUGAUCAAUCCCACUGGCUGCGCUCGCUCUGAGCCCAAGGUCCCCACACAUUGCAAGAGGCCUCACACUCUAAACAGCACCAGCAUGUCAAAGGCCUACCAGAGCACCUUUACUGGAGAGCUCAACACACCAUACAGCAAGCAGUUCGUCCACUCCAAGUCCUCCCAGUAUCGGCGCCUGAAGACUGAGUGGAAGAACAACGUGUAUCUGGCACGAUCCCGCAUUCAGGGCUUGGGCCUGUACGCUGCCAAGGAUCUGGAGAAGCACACCAUGGUCAUUGAAUACAUUGGGACCGUCAUACGCAACGAGGUGGCCAAUCGCCGCGAGAAGAUCUACGAGGCACAGAACCGUGGGAUCUACAUGUUCCGCAUCAACAAUGAGCAGGUGAUUGAUGCCACUCUGACCGGCGGCCCGGCUCGCUACGUCAACCAUUCUUGUGCCCCCAACUGUGUUGCAGAGGUUGUAACAUUUGACAAAGAAGACAAGAUUAUCAUCAUUUCCAGCCGCAGGAUCCCCAAGGGAGAAGAGCUGACUUAUGACUACCAGUUUGAUUUUGAGGACGAUCAGCACAAGAUCCCUUGCCAUUGUGGAGCUUGGAAUUGCCGCAAGUGGAUGAACUAAUGAGAAGAGAGAAAAAAAAAUGGAGAACUUCCUCAUUGGUGCCAGAACACUCCUGCGCCAAAGCCUUUGAAUCCUACAUAGCCAGUGCAUAAGCUGUUCUGAAACAUGCAGAUGGAGGAAAGCUGGCCUCCGUCAUUGAAAAGACAAAAGCGGUGACACCUGUAGCCAAAGGUUUGAAGAGCAUUAAUCAAUAAAAGCAACCCGAUCACCUCCAUCAGCAGCAGCUUGAUGGCGGGACUGACUUUCAUUUUUGGACUAGUGAAUCACCCUUUCCUCAGCCAAAACCCUUUUUCCCCCUUCGACUGUUCUCAAUAAGCUUACAAUGGCUGGAAAACAAUCCUCAACAUCUACCAAAUGAUUCUGACCCUCUGAUAUCAAUACUCGUAGUGCAGAGCUCACCUGGAGCUUCGACAAAAAGCCAUUUUAAAAUACUAAGAAUGAACUAAUGAUGCAUUUUUAUGUUUUAAGUCGGACCUAUUUCCUGUCCCACCUAACCACACCUCUCCCCCCUUACCUCCCAGAAAAGGCACUUUCCCAUCAAGUCAUCAAUGAAGACAACACGGAUAUUGGCUAGCUAGACAAUCUUGAUGUGGCUCUGUGUAAGAACUGCAUAUGAUCGAUGGAGAGAAGAAAAAAAAAAAAAGAUAUAAGUUAAUAUAAAAUUUGAGAUGCUAAUGAUCUGUGGCUCCAGAGGCACCAGAUGUUCUGACUGUGUGGAGUCCCAAGGUGGGUUAGUUGGACCCAGUCUACCUCAUUGAUUUAGCGGGAAGUGACUGCUUUGUAUGAAAACUGUUAACUGCUACUGUGGAACCGGGGGGGAAAGGGGGAAUGUUUUUAUGGGCUUAGCCUUCUCGGACAAGCAGGGAAUCUAAAGCAGCAGGUUUGCUCUGUCUACUCUAUGCUGAUGAUGAUUUUCAAAAAUGAGCCAACAUAAUUAUUAUUCAUGAAUUAUUUAUACAGAGGAAAUAUAUGACAGUUUUGAUAAGAUAUUGCAUUAAAAUCACAAUCAGAAGCUUAGCGGGUGUCCUGUAUGCCACCAAAUCAUCCUGGAUAUUGAUGUAGCUUUUACUUUUUUUUUUGUACUUUUUAUUUAUGCGUCUCAAAACCAUGCUAUUAGCUGUGUGAAAGCACAAUAACAUCCACCUUUUAAGUUGCUUAAGACAGUAAUGGUGUGAGUGAAUGGCUCUAGGAUCACAGGACACUUAGUCUCUGAAGAAGACUAGGAAGUCCAGAGUUAACCAAGUACACAUUUGCGUUGCGUGUUGCUUCAUACAUUGAAGUUCCAACUUGUUGUUGAAACCCAGCCGGUGGAUGCAUGACUACUGUCCCAUGUAAUGCUUUUUAUUCCCCAGCAACUCGAAUCUUUUCACAACUCAACCUUAAUCUUUAAAUCAUGCCUCUUCCUCUCUGUGUUAUUUAGUGGACUGUUGUUAAACUUUACUGUAGUAAGUCUUCCUCUGCCUGAGUACAGCCUGCAGUGUUUCUACUUCCCCUGUAAGUGUGCUUUUCUAGUGCUGGUACUGUCCUCUCGAGGCUGAACUGAUGGCAGGGAAAGACUUAUUGGAAAAAAGGGCAUUUGUUUAAUUUCUAUGUAAGAUGAAUGAAAAUAAGUCUUUAAAGGGAGCUUUACUGAAACUCCACCUUCCCAUACUACUUUGUUUUCCUCCUUCCCCUAACCUAAGACCUCACAUGAUUUAAAAAUGCAAAGGUGUACAAACUGUAUAUACAGUAUAUGCAUUAGGGGACAGCAACUCUUUAUCCAGCCCCUUUGAAUCAAAUAAGUAAAAAAAUGUAGAGAAAUAAAAUUGAAAAAAAAAAAAACAUAAAAAAAUCAACCACUGGAUAUCAUUUUAACAAAGAUAAAGCUGUAUAUAAAUAUAAAUA